UAUUACCAACCUUAACCACAUGGUUAAGAAUCAGAUGUAAACAUGUCAAAAGUAAAAUCAAAAACUUUAAAUGGUUCCAAAUCAAGAAAAGAAAUUAGAAAAGCAGGUCGAAAAUUAAAGAAGCAGAAAAAGCAGGAAUAUUACACGAAUCGAAAAAAUGUGGAAAAAAUAAAAGGAAAUGAACCAAUUUUGGAUAAAAAUGUUGAUAAAAACUUUAAAGCACAGAAACAAGAAUUCAAAGAAAAACCUAUUCAAUAUGAUAAAUUUAAAGAGAUACAAAAAGAUCGAAUCAAACAAGAUAAACUAAAAAAAGAGAUGAGCAAGCAACGAAAUCGGCAACUUCAAGAUGCUAAUAUCGAGGAGGAUCGGAACAUUAAAAGACUUGAAAAGCAAUUAAAAUUAAAUAAAAGGAAAACAAAGGCGAUUCCUAAAUCGUUUGUAUCGGAAGGAUUAGAUUAUCUUUUAGAAAUAUGCGAUGGUGAGAUGAAAAACGCCAUCUCAGCCGAACAACAAUUCAAAGAAGCCAAUGAUGACUUUGAAGAAGAUUUUGAAUUAAUGACAGGCAAAAAAAUUAAAAAACAAAAAGUUAAAAAAGACGAUUUCGAUAAUUUUAGUGAUCUUGAAGAUGAUUUACAAGAUUCUGAAGAUGAUUUAGAUGAUUUACAAGAUUCUAAAGAUGAUUUAGAUGAUUUACAAGAUUCUAAAGAUGAUUUAGAUGAUUUACAAGAUUCUGAAGAUGAUUUAGAUGAUUUUGAAGCUUCUUUAGAUGAUUUGCAAGAUUCUAAAGAUGAUUUACAAGAUUCUGAAGAUAAAAAUCUUGAUGAUAUUGAUGAAAUUAAUGAUGAUGAAGAAAAUAAAUCGAAAAUUGGAACUUGGGAAGAUAUUUACGGUCGACUAAGAAGCAAAGAUGGUUCAAUAUUAAACGAAGAAUCAAUUAAACCUUCAAAAUAUAUUCCACCAGCUUUAAGAAAACAAGAUUCCUUAAAUGAUUCUCAAAGAAAAGAACGAUUAGCUCGAUUAACAAAGCAACUUAAAGGGCUUUUAAAUCGACUUGCAGAGGCGAACAUGCACAGCAUUUCAAAUCAAAUCGAAGAACUUUACAUGGCGAAUAGUAGGAAUGAUAUGAACGAGACUAUUACGAAUUUAAUUGUAAAUUCUUUAGCUACGCACGUUUUUACCCCAGAAAGGUUACUUUUGGAGCAUGUUAUGUUGAUUAGUAUUUUACAUGCUAAUGUAGGAACUGAAGUUGGUGCCCACUUUUUACAAGAAAUCGUAAAGUUAUUCGAUGAUUUAUUUAAUUCGCCGCAGGAAGUUGAAGAUAAAACUUUGGAUAAUGUUGUUAUAAUAAUCGCUCAAUUAUACAAUUUUAAGGUUUUCGAUGCGGGUCUUAUUUACGAUAUCCUCAAAAAAUUUGCUGAAAGAUUCAACGAAAAAUCAAUCGAAUGCAUUUUAUUAAUUUUAAAGAACGUUGGGUUCAGUUUAAGAAAAGAUGAUCCUUUAGCUUUAAAAUCGUUAAUAUUAAAUUUGCAAAAAGAAGCCGCCAAAUUAAUGGAGGAAAAUAAAGAAAAGUAAAUCAAUUAAUUAAUUAACAG